AUGUCAGGCGCUUGGGAUGAUAGUGACAGCGAUGGUGACGUUGUUGUUGUUGAGAAGCCGGUAAUUCUUCCACGUGCUCGUCAGCCAUCUAUCGCUAAAAGUCUGGAAAAAGCGGCUAUUCUAGAAAGUUCCGUUGCGGGUUCUGUAAAGGAGAGCGAUGCGUCUUCCGAUGAUGACAGCGAAUCGGUCGGCAGUGUUGCUUCAGAAGAAUUUCUGGAGACUGCUGACGAAGUCCUUGUUCUUGACUUUGAUACGACAACUAGUAUGAAAAAGAUGAUCUCGCAAUUCCCUUGCGACUAUCGUAAUAUAAUCUCCGAGUUCGCUGAUGUCGAAAUUUUCGUGAUUUCGCUAGAUAGUUUAAUUGUCGAAUGUCUUGCACAUUCAUAUCAUGACUGGACGUUGGCUGGACAGUCAAUUGUUCUUACUUCUCAGAUCGAUAGGUUCCUACAACAAUUUGUAAAUUUUGGUGGAAAGUUCAAAUUAGUGGUAUUCACUGACUUCUCCUCUCAGUUCGCUAGAGACACUACACUUGGUUUCUCGCGGGCUACAGCAAUCGCUCAUGUUUCCGCGGGUCCCUUUGCAAAGGACCUCAUAUACUUCACAAGUCCUAUCGAUCCAAACUGGCAACGAUUUCUUCAAGACGUGACUCCCUCAUUUCUGAUGAUCUCCACAGAUAAUGUGACAAGGGAGGCGUGCGCACAGGAGGAUCUCGAUAUUUCUGCUCAACUCGAAACCAUUGUUCUCGACGCUUUGUCACAAGCAGUACCGAUCGUAGUAUUGACAUCAGUUGUUGUUAAUUUUUCGUCGGUUUCUGCAUACUACAUCGAUCCACGCCUCUGUGUCAAGUAUAACUGGGAAAGUUUUGCAGCAGCGCACUGGGAGUGCAACAGUUCAUUGCUCAAAUUGAGUAAAGCGCCUACUCAUAAUGCGUCUGCAAUAAAGUCAGUAGGAGAGCUUUGGGCCAAUAUUAUUCUAGCUGCUAAGAAGAGUGGCACUGCGUCGGAGCAUUUUGAGUCGCUUUGUUGCGCUGUUCUCCUUUCGGCUCUAGUGACGGGUAAACGUGGGCCAUCACGUAUCUAUCUGCCUGAAAGAGAGGGCGCCAAACGUGGUCUGGAUGUUAUAAAAGAUAGGCGCCUGCUUCUCACGACGGCGACUUCCUAUUUGGAAAGAUUGGAUUAUUCUACGGUUAAAUUCUCUUUCACGGACUUUUGGGAUGGACGUAUGGUCAUCGGGAUUUUCGACGCCAUAUGUGCUACCGAUCCCGUACUGCCAUAUCGAAUUCAAGAAGAUUUUGCUCGUUUACACACUGCUGCAUCCCUAACUUUACCUAUCCCAACGGAUACAGCGGAAAAACUCCUCGAUCCACUGCCUGAGGCUGAGAAUCCCUUGUCCUCUCUUCCUCUCCUAUAUACCGUAAAGUCCCCUUUGGUGGAUAGAUACCUCCCGGAAUUGAAAGCAGCUCGUUCAGAGAAACUUAUAAGUGACGGACACACACCAGACUAUGUAGCACUUUUGCAAGAGAAAAUGUCAUGGAAGUUGAGACCAAUUGAGGAAGAUUUCACAAAGACCGAGGUGAUUACUGACGAGUGGCAAAAGAAAAAGGCAAAUAAAGCUCGUCAAUUUAUGAGCAGAUGGUAUGAAAUGUUUGCCAACUCAUUGGAGGGCCGUGGGUCGAAUCUGCUUGUGGAUUUCUCUCGAAUUCCAAAAGGAUUCGCUCAAGCAGUACCUGACACACCAACUGAAAAUGCGGCGAAGAAGGGUUUAAAGGGGUGGUCUGGACAGAAAGGUGGUGGCGGUGGAAAGAAAGGCGCUAAGGAGCCACCUAAAUCGAAGAAAGAUCUCAUCCUCGAAGCUAACAAAAAAGCGAAGGACGUCAAGUUGAUAGAAAGCGAGAAAAAUAAGAUCAAAUUCGCAUCGCAGCAGGGGAAGAAGGCGGUCGUUUUCCUUGAGCGCACCUAUAAUGGACUGGAACUCCCGGAAUCAAAGGCAUUGUGUGCGUUCGAAGUUUUAGUGAGGAUAGGUCGCGAUUUACUGAGUCGUUUAACUGGACCAGAGAACUUGGAAAAUAGG